AAAAUACGCGACUAUUCAAACCAUCGUUUCAUUUCUGCUCCGAAAACGGAAUCUAAAGUAUACCGCGUGUCAAAAUUCGAAUUCGUUCGCAUUUCUCAAAGCUCUCGCCGUUGGUCCUUUACCUAGCUUAACCUCGUCGAGAAAAUUUUCCGAAGCAUUGCCCUCCCAAUAGUCCCAAUCCAGCAGCACUGAUGCCGUCACCAUCAGUUGGGCUCGACGAGCAGGCGCUUUAGUCUCGGCCUCUUGCGCGAAUGAUUGCUGAAUGAAAAUUUCGAAAAUGUCAAAUGACCCACGACACUGCCAGUGAUUAAUGGUUUGGCCGAACGAACGACACUUUUCUACCGAGCCCUGCGAUCCCGCUUAUUGACGAUAAUCAGUAUUUUUCAUGUUUUGAGGAUCCUAACCUAUAAACCGAAUUACAGUUUCUCGCCCUGAAUAAACGUCCCAGCAGACUAUUUCAACAUGGGUAACACGGUUUCAUCAGCAUCUCCAGUGCUUCCGAGUGAUCAUCCUCCAAUAAAUAAGCACCAACACGCAGAGGGCAAACAGCCUCCUCCAGAGUGCCCGGUUCAUCACCAAGGUGCUAGUCCACCAGUGCAGAAGAAGAGCGAAUGUCCAGUUCAGCAUGAUGACAUGUCAGAUUUGAACCCACUGAACAUGAUGCCUAAAGAGAAUCAAAAUCCAGCACCUGACCAGCCUUUCGAACUGUCUAAAGAGAGGCAAGUUUCCUCCAUCCCAAAAGCCAGUGAAGAAGGUGGCUUCUGGGUCUAUCCAUCACCACAGAUGUUCUGGAAUGCCAUGCUUCGCAAAGGUUGGCGAUGGAAGGAUGAAGAUAUUUCGCAAAAGGAUAUGGAUGACAUUAUCAAGAUUCACAAUGCCAACAAUGAGCAAGCUUGGAGAGAAGUACUUAAGUGGGAAGCGCUGCAUGCAUUUGAAUGUACGGAUCCAAAACUCAAAAGUUUUGGUGGCAAAGCUAAAGAUUAUUCACCACGUGCCAGGAUUCGCUAUUGGCUUGGGUAUGGUUUACCAUUUGACAGACACGAUUGGAUUGUAGAUAGAUGUGGCAAAAAUGUCAGAUAUGUCAUAGAUUACUAUGACGGCGGAGAUGUUGAUGAAAAUCACAAGUUUGCCCUGCUUGAUGUCAGGCCUGCUAUGGAUUCUUUCGAAAACCUGUGGGAUCGCAUGAAGGUCACAUGGUGGAGAUGGCGAUACGAAGGCAAAGAGAAUCAUGUUUGAAGCAUCUAGGUUACAAUUUGUAGAUAUAUACAUAUAAUAAAAACUAAUUUACAAUGUAAUUCACUCAUCAUUAAAGUCGUUUUUAUGCAUGUGCAAGUUGCAUAAUCAUGUAAAAUCGCAAUUGUGCUGUAUUUUAACAGAGUUCUGACUUGACUACUUUGUACAAUACACUUCAAAAAAAUAUCACGUUAACUGAUAUUAAACAAAAUUGUGUAAGUAUAAGUAAAGCAAUAUUCUAUUUGCAAAAUUUCACAAUAAAUGUACAGUUAUGAUAUUAAUAA